ACGCGAAGCGAAGCGCACAAACCAACCAACCAGCCGGGCUGGGCAUACUGCGACUCUGCGAGCAUCCACCGCGACCCGUCUCUCUCUCUCUCUCUCCCACCUCCACUGGGCGCGGCCUGCCUUGCCUCCUGUGCCUCGUGCAGCUCCCCUCCUGCGACCGCGACCGCGACCGCCGCUCGCUGUCCAAAAGCCUCAAAGCCCAAGAGACCAGGGCGGCUACCUCCUCCUCCUACCACCACCGCCACCACUAGUCCCCCCCCCUCCCCCUUCAGCCAAAGCCUGCGACUAUCCGCAACCUCAACCUCAACCUCACGCAGCUCCCGCGCCAACCGCGACCUCCCGGAUCCGGCCACGCCGCCCUUUUCCGGCGAGAUCCACCUGCGGGAAUUCCGUGGUUGUUGGAGGCGCCGCGGCCGAUACAGGGCGGGGUGCGGUUAGAUCCAUGGAGAUAUGGAGAUGGAGCUGAGCUGAGCUAGCAGCGGUAGUACAGAUCGUGGCUCGCGCGUGGCGUCCCUGUCCGUUGGUUCCCGGCGGGUGGUGCUUUUGGGAGGAGUCGAGGAGGAGGAGGAGGAGGCAUGGCCGCCGCGAUGGAGAUGGCGGCGAAUCCAGGUGGUUCAGGAACCUGCAGCGAUGCACUAUUCCGGGAGCUAUGGCAUGCUUGUGCUGGUCCGUUGGUCACGGUCCCGAAGCGCGGCGAGCGCGUCUACUACUUUCCCCAGGGUCAUAUGGAACAGCUUGAGGCGUCUACAAACCAGCAGCUUGACCAGUACCUGCCGAUGUUCAAUCUACCAUCCAAGAUCCUAUGCAGCGUGGUCAACGUAGAACUCCGGGCGGAGGCUGAUUCAGAUGAAGUUUAUGCUCAAAUUAUGCUGCAACCAGAAGCUGAUCAAAGUGAACUCACCAGUCUGGAUCCUGAGCUUCAAGAUCUUGAGAAAUGCACAGCUCAUUCCUUUUGCAAGACAUUAACAGCUUCAGAUACAAGCACACAUGGCGGUUUCUCUGUUCUUAGGAGGCAUGCUGAAGAAUGCCUUCCUCAGCUGGUUAGUAUUAAAAGCAUAUUAUGUCUCCACAGUGUGGUUGCUUUGCAGGACAUGUCUCAGAAUCCACCAUGUCAAGAACUGGUUGCCAAAGAUCUCCAUGGAACUGAGUGGCAUUUCCGUCACAUCUUUCGUGGACAACCUAGGAGGCAUCUGCUUACAACCGGUUGGAGUGUCUUUGUUAGCUCAAAAAGAUUGGUUGCUGGCGAUGCAUUUAUCUUCCUGAGGGGCGAAAGUGGUGAGCUACGGGUUGGAGUAAGGAGACUUAUGAGACAAGUAAAUAACAUGCCAUCAUCUGUCAUAUCAAGCCACAGCAUGCAUCUUGGAGUCCUUGCAACAGCUUCCCAUGCUAUCUCCACUGGAACCCUCUUUUCUGUUUUCUACAAACCCAGAACAAGCCGGUCUGAGUUUGUUGUGAGCGUUAACAAGUACCUUGAAGCUAAGAAGCAGAACUUGUCUGUUGGAAUGAGGUUUAAGAUGAGAUUUGAAGGUGAUGAAGCUCCUGAAAGAAGGUUUAGUGGAACAAUUAUUGGUAUUGGGAGUGUGCCAGCAAUGUCAAAAUCUCCAUGGGCAGAUUCUGACUGGAAAUCUCUGAAGGUCCAAUGGGAUGAACCUUCGGCUAUUGUCCGUCCAGAUAGAGUUUCACCAUGGGAACUGGAACCAUUGGAUGCGAGUAAUCCACAACCACCUCAGCCUCCAUUGAGGAAUAAGCGUGCAAGGCCUCCAGCUUCACCUUCUGUGGUUGCGGAACUUCCUCCAAGUUUCGGACUAUGGAAACCCCCAUCUGAAGCAGCCCAAACUCUCUCAUUUUCGGAACCACAACGGGCUCGAGAGAUAUUUCCUUCAAUUCCUGCAUCAAUCUUCUCAGCAUCAUCACAUGUUGAAUUCAAUUCAAAGAACGAGCCAUCCAUACUAAGCAAUCAGUUCUACUGGUCAAUGAGGGAUUCAAAAACUGAUUCUUUUUCUGCUAGCACUAACAAAACAAGAGUUGAAAGAAAGCAAGAACCAACUACUAUGGGUUGCAGAUUAUUUGGAAUUGAAAUAAGCUCAGCUGUAGAAGAAGCCCUGCCUGCAGCUACUGUUUCAGGUGUCGGUUAUGAUCAAACUGUUCUCUCUGUAGAUGUGGACUCUGAUCAGAUCUCACAGCCAUCUAAUGGCAAUAAAUCCGAUGCCCCUGGAACAAGCAGUGAACGUUCUCCUCUUGAGUCCCAAAGUCGUCAAGUGAGGAGCUGCACAAAGGUAAUUAUGCAAGGUAUGGCAGUUGGGAGGGCUGUGGACUUGACAAAACUAAAUGGUUAUGGUGAUCUUCGCAGCAAGUUGGAGGAGAUGUUUGAUAUACAGGGGGACUUGUGUCCCACCCUGAAGAGAUGGCAAGUUGUUUACACCGAUGAUGAGGAUGACAUGAUGCUUGUCGGGGAUGAUCCUUGGGAUGAAUUUUGUAGCAUGGUGAAACGGAUUUAUAUUUACUCCUACGAGGAGGCCAAGCUGCUGGCUCCAAAGUCUAAGCUGCCAGUCAUAGGUGACACCAUCAAAUUGAGCAGUAUGAACUCAUCACAUGAAUCCGUCGACCUGGACAAUCAUGCCUCAGUUACUAACAGGGACUGCUAACCAUUGACUUUGCCCUAAUUCUGAUAUGAUCAUUUGAGGAAAUUCCAAUGUUUCUUCAUUACUGCUUCCUGUGCUGAAGACGCAACGCCCUUUUGUCUUGAAUUGUGGUGGUAUUUGAACUGCAAGUGCCAGGAAGUUCCCAAGACUGGCAAGACCGCCUGGAAGAGGCAUUCUGGCAAAUGCAUGCCGUUCCAAAUUGUUUUGUGUUUUGGUAGGAGCCUUGGCGUUCUUGUCUGGUGCCCAGAUUUAGGUAAGAAGUCCUGAACACCAAGAUUGAUGACGCUUCGGCCCUCUCCCCGUUGCUUAGGAGUAAAUAGGAUUUGCAUAUGUAUAUAUAGUAUCAUUAGGAUUCCUGAUUGCCUGCUAUUGUGAUUCCAAGUAAUUUGGAUGCAUUAAUGCAAUUAUUAUUCAGUAAUUGUUAUUUUUAGCAGCAAACCUGUGAGUGAUGGUGGUGGAUGUGUUGAUCUUGCAGCAUUUGCUACCUUUCUCUCCAUUGUGGAAGCCAUCUGUACAUAAACAAACUACUAUCAAAUAAGUAAUGUUGUGCUUUCUAA